AUGUUUGGCGGCGGUAGUUCCAACUCAGCAACUACCAAGUCUGACUCCGGCACUGCAGAGGCGACGACCAAGUCCAGCGGGAAGUCACCGUCCCCGAAUCGUAAUGCUGACACACCUACCACUGGUGGCACCCCGAUAAAACCUGCGGACUCAGCUCUCGCUGGUGGUGAGAAGCGCAGCGGCAACGGCAGCCCGCCAGGCCGCGGCAACAGCGAUGUCCCCAGUUCGGAGAAGAAGCGGAGGAGUAGUGGCGUGAGCAGUAAAGCGAGCAGUCUUAUCGCAAGCGCCAAGAACACACUCAAUUUCUCUCAGGUUAGCCGAUCAAACUCGGACGUCAACACGCAGACUCCCCUACAGAAACUGGGCAAGCAAGACCAGACUCUUGCAGUACCCCAGGGCCAGCACAACAACUCGGCUGGCGAAUCUCUUCCUGGAGCACGUUCUACGUUUCGAGUUGGCGUUUGGGAGGAUAGGAACAGGAAAUGCAGACGCACAAUGGAGGAUACCCACGCGUUCCUGUACAACUUUCUCAACACCCCUGCGCCUCUGAUUGCGGCCGAUUCCAGCAGCAGAAGCAGCAAAUCCGGCACCUCGCAAAAGUCAAAUCCCGAAGACGAGGCGCCAUCAGAAGGGGCGGCGAACCAAGAUAUCGUUGAGACGGACAACGGGUACUUCGCCAUUUUUGAUGGUCACGCCGGCACGUUUGCUGCAGACUGGUGUGGCAAGAAGUUGCACCUGAUCUUGGAGGAGAUCAUACGAAAGAAUCCGAAUGCUCCAAUCCCCGAACUCCUCGACCAGACUUUCACAAGUGUCGAUGCCCAGUUCGAAAAGCUGCCGUUGAAAAACAGUGGAUGCACGGCCGCUGUUGCAGUCCUGCGCUGGGAGGACAGAGUACCUAGUUCGACUUCUGCCACCGGCUCGCAAGCUAUCGCCGCUGCAGCGGCUGCGGCGUCCAAGGCUGCAGAGACAUCAAAGCCCAAGGAUGGUAAGGCCGACGACGAGGGUAGCACAAGCGUUGCUAUCCCAGAGUCCGCACAUGCUAAGCUGAAGCCGAGUGCAGUGCGACAACGCGUGCUCUACACGGCGAAUGUCGGCGACGCCCGAAUCGUGCUCUGCCGCGCAGGCAAGGCCCUCCGCCUGUCCUAUGAUCACAAGGGCAGCGACGAGAAUGAAGGUAAACGCAUCUCCAACGCGGGUGGUUUAAUUCUCAACAACCGCGUUAAUGGCGUUCUUGCUGUCACACGCGCAUUGGGCGAUACCUACAUGAAAGACCUCGUGACGGGCCACCCCUACACAACCGAGACAGUUAUUCAGCCUGAGGUGGACGAGUUUCUCAUCAUCGCAUGCGAUGGCCUCUGGGAUGUCUGCUCGGACCAAGAUGCUGUAGACAUGGUUCGCGAUGUCGCAGAUCCUGUCUCGGCCUCAAAAAUGCUGGUCGACCACGCACUUGCUCGCUUCAGCACGGAUAAUCUGUCGUGCAUGAUUGUCCGCUUCGACAAAGCAGCACUUCUCGAGAGCCAAAACAACAAGGACAACGCUAUCGGCGUCGAGGGAGACCUAGCAGACGCAGACGGCAAGGUUAGCGAGACGGAGAAGAUUGUUGGCUCCACUAAGCUCAAGAUCGCCGAAGGUGGUACUCCUGCUAUUGGUGUUUCAGCCAGCAACAGUGGUCGUGGGCACGAUCCCGCGCCAAUUGAGGACGGGGAGUUCAAGAAAACGACUCUUGACGGCCCAGUUGUGGAAGAGCCUACAUCUUUGGAAGAAGUGGAUGGCGUUGUUGUCAACAAAACUGCAACGCCCGAGGCUAGUAGCUCAGAGGAGGUCUUCACAAAGACGGACUCGGCCAAGGUGACCGUAUCAUGA